GCCAAAUACAGCUGCUUCACCCAGGAAAGCUCCAUGAUGCUGGAAGGAAAGCAACAGCAGGAACUUCCUCUAAGGCUCUUCCCCCAAGUGAACACGGUGAAUGUUGACCUAAAGACAGCCCGAAAGCUGUUGGCUCACGCUCUCUGUGUCAUUAUUCCACUCUGGCACAGCACAGUGCCGGGGAGCCACUGAAAGCUCCGCACCUCUCCAUCUCCUAACCUGCACUGCGAUUCCGAAGAGCUGACGGUGCUCUUGGCGGACACUGCCUAGCCCCACACACCUGGGCGGAGCGUUCCUCGGGGCACAGGAUCGUGUUUCGAGGAGCCUCCAGCAGACGACAAAUGCUUGAGACCCGCGGCCGGUGCCCCCAGACCCGAUGGGGAGGGAGAAACGCACAUCAGUGAUGGGACACUUUUCAGGAGGAUGCUACUUGACUUUUGCCAUCCUCGUACUCCUCGGUUCACAAGCUCCGUCCACAUUAGCACGAGGUUCCCGAGGUGAAGCCCUGCAGCAUGGCCAAUCUGGGACACUGCCCCACUUCAUGGAAGAGCCCGUUGAUGCUUACAUUGUCAAGAGUAACCCCAUCAAGCUCCGGUGUCAAGCUCGACCCGCUCUCCAAAUCUUCUUCAAGUGCAACGGUGAAUGGGUCCACCAGAGCCAGCACAUGUCUCAGGAGCACACCGACCUGGGGACAGGGCUGAAGAUCCGCGAGGUGAUGAUCAACGUGUCACGACAGCAAGUGGAGGACUUUCAUGGCCCAGAGGAUUACUGGUGUCUGUGUGUCGCCUGGAGUCACCUGGGAACCUCCAAGAGCCGCAAGGCAACUGUCCGGAUCGCCUACCUCAGGAAGAACUUUGAGCAGGACCCCCAAGGCACCGAGGUGCCUCUGAAUGGCAUGAUUGUGUUGCACUGUCGUCCCCCAGAGGGAGUGCCACUGGCUGAGGUGGAGUGGCUGAAAAACGAGGAGCCUCUGAGCACGGACAAUGUCAUCAAUACAAAAGGCGACCAUAAUCUCAUCAUCUCAGAAGCCCGCCUCUCUGAUUCAGGAAACUACACCUGUGUUGCCAGCAACAUUGUGGCCAAAAGGCGCAGCGCCACAGCCACUGUUGUAGUCUAUGUGAAUGGAGGCUGGUCAUCGUGGACAGACUGGUCCCCCUGUAACGUGCGCUGCGGUCGCGGUGUGCAGAAACGUUCUCGCUCUUGCACGAAUCCAGCUCCUCUCAACGGGGGAGCCUUCUGUGAGGGCAUGUCGGUACAGAAAAGCACGUGCAACACACUGUGUCCAGUUGAUGGCAGCUGGGGAGAGUGGAGCGAGUGGUCAGUGUGUAGCGCCGACUGCGAGAGGCAGCGCAGCAGAGAGUGCACGGCCCCAGAGCCCAAACACGGAGGGCGGCUGUGUGACGGGGUGGCGCUAGCUACAGACAACUGCACCGGCGGCCUCUGCACACAGAAUCGGAAGUUGCUACAUGAUGCAAAGCCGCAGGGUGUGGAGAACAGCAGUGAUGUGGCGCUGUAUUCAGGCCUCGCUGCGGGGGCGGUGACGGUGGUGCUGCUGAUUAUCGCUGUCACUCUUUACCGAAGGAGCCAGAGCGAGUACGGCGUUGACGUCAUCGACUCCUCGGCCCUCACUGGGGGCUUCCAGUCCUUCAGCUUCAAGACCUCUCGUCAAGCAAACCCUUUGCUUAUUAAUUCAUCCAUGCAACCUGAUCUGACAGUGUCGCGUACCUACACCAGCCCCAUGUGUUUUCAGGACUCCAUUGACAAGGAGCUGAUGGCCGAGCACUCACUCCUCGACCCGUUGCCUGAUCUCAAGGUCAAAGGGGUGGCAGAAAGGGCGGACUACCAUGUUGUGUCCCACCCUCAGACAUUUCCAAGGGGCCUGGCUCCAGACUACAGAGGCGUUGCAGUGGGGACGACACUGGGCAGGAGAAGCAGAAACCUUUUCACUCCACAAGUCUCGCUGACUCCAAGCAGGCCUCUCCACAAAGCUACUGCAGUAUUUGGUCAUGCUGGAGGCAGGCUGGUGGUACCUAACACAGGUAUCAGUCUGCUGGUGCCUCACGGGGGGAUCGCAGAAGAGACUACCUGGGAAAUGUACAUGAUUAUCAACCAGCAGGACAGCAGCGUUGUGUCUGAGGACGAGCCAGAGAUCUUCCUGAGCCCUGCUGUCACAUACGGACCACCGGGCCUCGACCUGUCCUGCCCCAUAGCCAUGACCGUAGCCCAUUGUGCAGAGGUUACUGGUGAUAAUUGGGCCAUCCGACUAAAGAAACAAGUGCAGGACAACAUGUGGGAGGAAGUGAUGUCUGUGGAUGAGGAGAGCACAUCCUGCUACUGUCUGCUCGAGGCCCACAGGUGCCACAUGCUGCUGAAGCAUCCGGGUCGCUAUGCCCUGGUGGGGGAGCCGCUGACCCAGGAGGCGGCCAAGCGACUGAGGCUGGCUGUGUUUGGUAGUCCGGAUACCAGCAACUCUCUGGGCUUCUCCCUCAGGGUUUACUGUGUGGACGACACACCCCAUGCAUUUCAGGAGGUGGCAGUGGGCGAGCGCAGCAGGGGCGGGCGGCUGCUCGAGGAGCCUAAAGCGAUGCUGUUCAGAGGGAACUCUUUUAGCCUCCAAGUGUCCAUCCAGGACAUCCCACAAUUACUCUGGAGCAUCAAGCCUUUCACCACCUGCCAGGAGUUCUCCUUUUCUCAGGUGUGGGCCAGUAACCAGCAUCCCCUGCAGUGUGCCUUCUUUCUAGAGCGAUACAGCCACUCCUCGUCUCAGCUCUCGUGCAAGAUCAGCGUCCGACAGGUCAAAAGCGAGGAGCAGAUACUCCAGGUCUAUACAUCUGUGGUUGAGAAUGAAAAGGGAGUGCUUCCCUUUUCCUCUCAGUCGGACUGCACCAUCACCUCUCAGACAGGGUCAAGAGCCUUUAAAAUCCCCCUGUCCAUCCGUCAGCGGAUCAGUGCCACCUUUGACACAACUAACGCCAAGGGGAAGGACUGGCAGCUCUUGGCUCAGAAGCUCCACAUAGACAGGAACCUCUGCUACUUUGCAUGUCAGGAGAGCCCAUCAUCAGUAAUUCUGAGUCUAUGGGAAGCCCAGCACCAGGACUCAGGAGACCUGGACUCUCUGGCGAGUGCCCUAGAGGAUAUUGGCAAGGUCCAGUCCUCUAGGAGAGAGGAGCAGGACUCUGAAUUUGCUCAACUUGGGUAGGAGAGGUCUACAGCGGAUCAAAUCAUGAUGAACCUUUACUGCAUGAGCACUGAUGAGCAGGUGUUCUUGCUAACCUAUGGUGAAAAGGAGGAGGAGUGAAGAGAAGAGCAGGGAAACUGGGUUUUAGACUGUUACUACAGAAACACCUCUGCUAAACCAAAUGGCACAUACAGUACCGUCAGACGGGAAUCAUGGAACAAGUGAAAGGCCCCAAAAAAACACUUUUUGAAAAGGACAGAAGUAUCCCACAUCCACCUUUGAUUGAAAAAUGUCACCUCCUGACACAUCUGAAGACAGAUUCAGUUACCUGUCUUUGAGGAUUAUGGAUAUUUGUGUGAAGAGGACUCGCCACAUAGGAUGGAGUGUGUUUCAGACAACUUGUCAAUCAUGCUGGUGUUGUGCCCUUCACAGAUGUGCUGGGAUGUGCCAGCACUUGCCCUCAAACAGCCUUCUGGGCGGUCAGAAUGUUUGGUGUAAUAUCAUUCUCUUGUCAUUCAUUUUCAAGGUCUCCUAAUACUGCUUUUGCUUGUCUACACCGUGUCUCUAGUGUUACUUUCUGGAGUUAGAUGAAAAGACAGAAUAUGAUAUGAUAUGUCAUAACAUUGUGUCCAUACUGUGGGGUCAGACACACUGACAGUGAUUGUUCACACUGAUUAGCAUUUAAAAGGACCUGAUGGUGUCCAAAUGCUGUAAAAGAGACGACUGGGCUUUUACAGCGGCAUGAUCGGGUAACCAUCAUUUUAACAAACUCCCACAUGCACACACUGAAGAACUAUUUCAAGCUUAUCAGCAGAAUGUGUUGAGGCAAGUGUCGAAGCAAAGGCUGAAGAAGAGAAGAACUCUCAGCACCCGGCUGAUCUGUGCUGCAGGCGUGCACCACAUCCCCUAAUGUCUAGUAGUCAACUGCUGUUUUUGAUAAACGGUUUCUGUUUUUUGUUUUUUGGGAGGAACUUUUCUUUCUCGGUGUGUGAUCAGUGACUUUAUACCAGACAGACAGUGGGAACGUUACAACACUGCAAGUGCUUGGAACAGGUGGCGUUGUGUGUCCCUUAUUUUUUCUUUUUUACUUUUGAUGUGUGGCUUGACUGGAUCUGCCUUUUUUGGGUCAUCUGCAUCAUCACUUACACAGUCUCACUCCCUCCCCGCUGUGUUAGCGUCCCCUGCAGAGCCAGCAUCCGCUUGAACACAGAUCAGAAAGAUCCCCACAUUCAGUUGCUCCACCUGCCCUAAACUUAAUAAAGUGACUUUGUGUUGAACUCUGUGUUGGCUCUCUCUUUUCGACAACUUAAUGAAAUCAGUUCUUGACAAGCCUGACAUCCCACGUACUGUACAGUGGAGAGAUCAGCUCCAGUAGCUCUUCAAAAACUGUGUUCAGCAAAGAGAUGAAAUGGAGCCCCAUACAAAGUAGAAUUCUCAGAAAGCUGUAACAGAGCUAUGGAAGAACUCCUAAAGUUUUAGAUGUCGUUGCCAAUUUACCAUGAUGAUCAGUAAUUGUGUUUGAUCUGCACGGCAUGCCAACCUAGACGGCACUAAGCUGGAACUAACAACUCACGAGUAAGACCUGGUCUUAAAGAGGCUUCCUUCCAACUUGCCUAUUUUUAGAUGUCCAAACCUUUAUAUGGAGAAUAAAUCCUCAGAGACGUCUGUGCAGAGUUUGUCAGCAGUGUCUUCUGCUCUUCAGCCACCCAUCAAGUAGUUAUUCUGUGUAGUGUCUCUUUUAAAAGUGUUUAACUGUCUCAAAGUGGCCCAGACCUGGUGAGACGACGCUGCUGUCCUUCCUUCUUUAGAGAUACUUAACACAGUGUUAAAAGAUUUUUGGGAAACAACCUACAGUAUUUACUUUCUUGCCCAGAAAAGAUUGAUCUCAUUGUUAUUCUUAUGUACUGUAUGUUAACUGAAGCUACAGCUAGCAGCCAGUUAGCAUAGUUUAGUAAUAAGACUGCAAACAGCUACUGUAUCUUGGCUCUGGUCAAAGCACUGACUGUAUAAAUACAGAUGACAUAUCACCACUUCCCUCUACUAUGUAGACGUGAAGCAAAUACCACAAAUGCAGCAGCUGCCAUCUUGGCAUUUUGCAGCUGGUAGCAACCAAGCAGUUGAGUGACAUAUCAGGCCACCAAUCAAAGCUGCCAAAUACUCAGACAGACUCAGAAUCAGCUUUAUUGGCCAGGUGUGUUGGACACACGAGGACUCUGGUGCAGCUGAAUACAAUCUGAAAUGCAUCUCUUUUAAUGUCAUUGAACAACUAAUUAAAAACCAGCUUACCAAAAACAUGUCCACUUGCCCCCAUCUGUCUGUUAAUAUUUACCAAAACCCACACAAAUGGUAUUGAUCUUCUUAACUGUCAAAGAAAAAAAAUAAGCAUGUUUCCCCAACAUAUCAAAAAAAGUCCUUUAAUUAAAUAUGAUUUCCAACUUCAUCUUCAAGCUGACAAAAGUAGUUGCAGAUUCAAGUGUGCUGGUUCUACAGUGCGAAAGCAAAUCCCUGCUCCUGCUUCUGUGUUUUUGGAAAUAUUCUGACUUGUUCAACCACAGAGGUGUGCUUCAUUCAGGAGCUGGAGUUCUGGACAACCUGUUCUGAGACAGCCAAGCUGGAAAUCACACAGUAGCUAUAGCUCAUGAGAAAGCCUUUGUCAUCCUGUUCUGUACAGACAGACUGUAAUAAGGAGGGACUGAGUGUCUGCUAUCAGCUGAAAAGGUCACUGUGUACUGUGUAUGGAAGGCAUUUACACCUGGAUGAUACUGACUCUCUCUCCAGUUCUCACAUGCUGAGUUAAAGCCCUUCAUACAGAUGGCUACUGUGGGACAGUCACAUCUAAAACAAUACAAUGAAGCCUCCUUUCUGUACUUGGCAUCUAAAAGUACUUUAUGAAGUGGUUAAAAUAUAAGUAAGACUUCUAUUUUUUAGGUGCUCUUCUUUACAAAUCCUUUAUCUUGAGAAGCAGACCCCUAAGAAAUCAUUGCUACGGUACCAAACGUACAGCCAUGGUGUUUUUCUGAGAUUUCAAGCGUAAACCAAAGUGUUAUGGACCCACUUUAAUGUUACUGGACCUCCAAAUUUAGAGCAGCCACAAUGUAAGAAACCCAGGGUUUUAAGUAGUUUUUCAAAAUUGCAUAAACUUGUGUAAUGCAGUGUUGGCUACACAUUUCUUUUCUAUAUAGGUCAGUACUAGAACUGCUUUCAAAACAGGAACUAAUCUUCUGAGUUGCGGGACCACGUCUGUUUCUCAGGAUAUUAAUCAGAGCAUACUGUGUCUCAUUAAUGUACAGAGCUGACUCCGUCAAACCCAGGACUUGACCUCUCUGCUGAAGUGCAGAAUGUGCCCUGGAGUCUCCACAUAUUGCCCAAAUUCUUUGUUGUAUUUAUAGAUGUGAGCUUGAGGCAGGAUCAGUCAGACGUCCUCGGAUCAUAAGAAAUUAAACAGA